AUGAAGAUCUCCAGUUUUUGGACAAAAGUUGGGAAUAAAGUUUUCCUUGGUCUCAAGAUUGUGUACACAACCACUAAGAAGAUUAAGAUCAUUCAGCAAAUGCUCAAAACUGUGCAAAGCCAACAAAAGAGUUAUGCGGAUCAAAGAAGAAGGGCUCUUGAAUAUGAUACCGGUGAUCAUGUGUUCAUUAGGAUUUUGAAAAGGCUCGAUCCAAUUGCAUACCAGAUUGCUUUACUAUUGGGAAUAGAACAAAUGCACAAUGUAUUUCAUGUGUCAAUGUUGAGGGGCUAUCUCCAAGAUCCGUUCCAUGUUAUUGAUUAUCACCAGAUAGCUCUCGAUGAUAAUAUGAAAUAUGAAGAGAAACCGAUUCACAUCAUCAACUGGCAAGUGAAACAAUUGAAGAAUAGAGAAAUUCCUAUGGUUAAAGUAGAAUGA